GAGGCUUUCUGGCCAAGAUGGCGGCGCCCAGCGGAGGGAGUAGUGGGCGGCUCUGGCUCGCGCUGCUCGCCGCCGUCCUCCCGCUCGCGCUCGGCGGGGCGGGGGAGGGGCCCAGCACGGCCGAGUUCGACGUGAGGCCCGGUGGCAUGGUGCAUUCCUUCUCGCGGACUCUGGGGGAUUACACCUGCACGUUCACGUACGCCGCCCAGGGAGGGACGAACGAGCAAUGGCAGAUGAGUGUUGGAGUCAGCGAAGACAACCUGCUCUUCUCUUGCUCAGUUUGGAGGCCCCAGGGGAAGUCUUAUCUCUUCUUUACCCAGUUUAAAGCUGAAGUGAAAGGAGCAAAGAUAGAAUAUGCCAUGGCUUAUUCCAAAGCAGCGGUGGCUGGACAGAGUGACAUCCCUUUAAAGGAAGAGGAAUUUGAAAUCGCUGAAACAACAGUGGCUCACAAGGACGGCAAGUUCCAUUCCGAGCUGUCCAAACUAGUGAUUGUAGCAAAAACGCCCCGCGAUGAGCUGUGAUCUGGAGGCUCCUGGACGGGUCGUGUUUCUUGGCUGGAGCAGCGUGGCAGAUAAAGGGGACAUUUGGUUUCUCCCUGGAUUUUUCUCGAGUGGCCAAAUCUUUCCUGUUUUCCACAUAGAAAUACAUGGGGGUCCGAUACGAGCGGGGACUCGGGGAUGUUAAGACAGAUCCAUGCUGUCUUGUGUCAGAGUAACAAUGUGCUUGAGGGACAAGAGACCUUUUGCAGCUAGAACUGGCCUCUUGGAUUCCUGAUCCGCAGCCAGCCAUUCUACCGCCUGCUUUCUGCUUCAGUGAUCUGAAUAUGGUAAAGCUCCCCUGGAACGGGGACUCCUUAUCUUUUUGGCAAGGAAGAGCAACGCAGAAAGAUAAGGGGCCGGAUUUGAACAAGGUUUGCUAAAGAAAAGUCGUUAACUCUCUAGUCUCUGGAGGGGGAAUAGGAUUUCUUUGCAGAAGCAGCAAAAGAUGAACUUAUUCAAAUGGGGAGCGGGUAGGGGGGGGAGGGAGCGGAGGCUGAGACAGCUGGCCCGGCCCAUUUGAUAUCCUGUCCAGUGGGUAGUAUCCAAAGACCAUCUCUCAGCGGGCUGGAGAGGACCCUAUAUCGCUGCCUCAGUGUACAGAGUGGGGGCGGUACCCUGGCAUAGGAAACAGCACUGUGGAGCACACACAGGCCUUGCUUAUUCUGAUACAACACAGAGAUCCAUUAAGUGACGCUUUCGCUAUCCGACGCAGUUCCAGGACUAUUUUCUUACAGGCUGAAAUGAUUUUUCUUAUUUAGAUGAAUAACUGUGAAGGAAUCCAGCAUUCCCUUCAUGUGUAAAUACAGCAAAUUAAAUAAAUAAAGCAGAA